UAUAAACAGACCUCUCUGCCUCCGACGAAACAGACUUAGUUUCGGUUGGAAAUCAGCAAGAGCUCAAAAUGUACAAGUACAUCCUGCUAGUUGCCUUCUUGCCAGCGCUGGCCCUGGCUCAAACUCCCGUUCGACAGUGCCCCAAUGGACCACCACUUCCGCCUUUCGUGGAUAUUAACGGUUGCACAUCAUUACCAUGCGAGAUUAGGAGUGCCUCUCCAAUUGAAGCUUUAGCUCGAGGUAUCGUUAGCCCUAUUAGCACACCCACAUUGACAGCCUACAUCAACAUCAUGUUGGGAGGCAUAAACAUUCCUUUCCCGAUGCCGGACGGACUGGAUGAUGCCUGUCGAAACGGAGUUGCGUCAGGAACAUGUCCAGUUUCAGCUGGACAGACAUUUGACUAUACCCUCAGGCAUGGCGGCAUGCCCCUCUCGAUUACCGGUGUUGUCGUCCAGGUCGAGGUUGGUCUGAGGGCACAGAACGGUCAACUCGUUGGCUGUCUCCAGUUCGACGCACGAAUCCUUCCGUAGAAAGUACUUCAUUUGUUGGCUCGGCUAAAAUCCCCGGACAAGAAUAAAUAUAUCAAACAAGCACUGCA